AGAAAAGCUGGUACCAGUGGUUUUGUGUGCUGUACUGUGAGUUCUGCUGCAGGGAGCUGAACAGGGAACAUGGGAGAGCUGGAAAACCAUGCUAUGAAUGCAGUGACCUAUAAUGAUGUGCAUGUCGACAUCACUCAGGAAGAAUGGGCAUUGAUGGAUCCUUCACAGAGGAAUCUCUACAAAGAUGUGAUGGUGGAGACCUAUAUGAACCUCACAGCUAUAGGUUACAAUUGGGAAGAUCUUGAAGUUGAAGAACAUUGUCAAAAUUCUCUAAAACAUGGAAGGCAUGAAAGACCUCAUACCAAAAACAGAGAAAUCCUGUGA